AAUGCAAUGCUUAGUCACUGGCAACAAUUACUUGUAAACGAACAAUUCGCACAAGAUGAGCAAAGCCAAGUGGGAGAACGAUGAGGAAAUCCGAAUCUUUCGGGAAUAUCUACGCAUACCAUCGGUGCAUCCCAAUAUAGAUUACACUGCUUGCGUGGAGUUCUUAAAGCGUCAAGCGACUAGCUUGGGACUGCCCGUGGAAGUCAUCUAUCCGGGCAAUAAUUCGAAUCCUGUUGUCGUCAUCAAGUGGUUGGGCAAACAACCAGAACUGCCAUCCAUCAUACUCAAUUCCCACAUGGAUGUUGUACCUGUAUUCCCCGACAAGUGGAAUCACGGACCAUUCGAUGCACAUCUGGAUGAGGAGGGACGCAUCUUUGCACGUGGCUCGCAGGACAUGAAGUGCGUGGGCACACAAUAUCUGGGGGCCAUUCGAUCUCUACUUGCCCAAGGACAUCAGCCCAAGCGCACAGUGUAUCUGACUUUUGUGCCCGACGAAGAAGAUGGCAGACCUGGAAUGGCCGACUUGGUCGAUUCCGAUUACUUCAAGCAAUUGAAUGUGGGAUUCAGCUUUGACGAGGGCAUCGCUAGUGCGGAUGAAACUUUCACGGUGUUCUACGCAGAGCGCACACUCUGGAAUAUUCGCUUCAAGUUCAGUGGGACUUCGGGACAUGGUUCACUUUUGCAUAAAAAUACAGCUGGCGAGAAACUCAGCUAUGUGGUGAACAAGUUUACGGAGUAUCGCGACUCGCAGGUGAAACGUCUGGAGGAUAAUCCCAAUUUCGAUAUUGGCGAUGUGACCACUGUGAAUCUCACUCGCAUUAAUGGUGGAAUACAGAGCAAUGUGGUGCCACCUCUGCUGGAAGUUCUCUUUGAUAUACGCUUAGCUGUUACUGAGAGUUUGGUUGAAUUUGAGCAACAAGUUCGCAAGUGGUGCGAGGAGGCAGGCGGCGGCAUUGAGUUGGAAUUUGAGUGGAAGGAACCCUAUGCAGCGCCAACUAAGAUCGAUGCCUCCAAUCGCUAUUGGCUGGCCUUCAAACGUGGCUUGGAUGAACUCGGUCUUAAAAUUCGCACUCGUGUUUUCCCUGGCGCCACUGACAGCCGCUAUUUGCGUGUGAAGGGCAUUCAAGCUCUGGGUUUUUCACCCAUUAAUAAUACUCCUGUUUUGCUGCAUGAUCACAAUGAGUUUUUGGGUGCCGAAACUUAUUUGCGUGGCAUACAAAUUUACAAGAAACUCAUCGAAUAUGUGUCCAAUGCUUAGGAAAUCUUAUAAAACUUCCCCGAUGAAUUGUUCAAGAAUA